AUGAUUGUCUGUUAUCGACGAUUAUUUUCUGCUUUAACAAAAAAUCAUAAUCAAGCAUUUUUAAUCAAUGUAGCAUCAUAUCGUAUUAAUCCUAUUGAAACAAAUAAUCAAAUAACAGUACCACAUUCAAUGAUAAAAAAUAUUGAACGACAACGAGCUAAGAAAAUCUAUAAAAAAGAACAAGAAGAAGAUCCACCUGGAGAUCGAUCACAAUCACCAGUAAUUGCUUGUAAACGUUCUGAGUUUAAUCAUUAUCCAGGUAAUCUAUAG